AUGAGCCAAGGGAAGAAUAACAAUCAACCAUUCACUUUUGGGAACAAUGCAUCUGAAUUUGAUCAAUAAUUUCUCUUUUAAAGGUAUGACAUUACAUCUAAACAUUCCAUUCUAUUUACUGAUAUCCAUAUAUAUAUAUGA